AUGACGACCAGUCCAGACCCGCCCGCUGAGCUGGUGAGCGGACGUCAGCGCCGCUGUCAUCGCCACGUCGCAGGCAUGGUGACUUCAGAGACUAUGGAUAUACUCUUCAGAAUAAGGGGAGGGCUUGAUCUAGCUUUUCAGCUAGCUACUGCUAAUGAAAUUUUUAUCAAGAAAGCACUAAAACACGUGUUGAGUGACCUGUCAACCAGGCUUUCUUCGGAUGCACUGGUGUUCAGAAUUCGCCACAGCUCACUGUACAUGUGGCCUAACAGCGACAGAAACACUGUACCAGGGGAACUGACUGACGAUUCGGCUUGUAAGACCAUCUUGCGUUUUAUUCAAUGUGAACAGGAAGAAGAUAUAAAACGAAAAUUCAUGAGAAAGAAAGACAAAAAGUUAUCAGACAUGAAUCAAAUAGUAAAUAUAGACCUUAUGCUGGAAAUGUCAACCUCUCUGGCGGCCGUAACCCCCGUCAUUGAAAGAGAAAGCGGAGGACACCACUACGUCACUAUGACAUUACCGGUGGAUGCAGUUCUGUCCGUUGCUCCUGAAGAAGCCUGGGGGAAAGUUCGUAAACUUCUAGUUGCUGCAAUUCAUAAUCAACUAACUGAUAUGGAAAAGUGCAUUUUGAAAUACAUGAAAGGAACAUCGAUUGUGGUCCCUGAACCGCUGCACUUUUUAUUACCGGGGGAAAAAAGUCUUGUGACAAUUUCCUAUCCAUCAGGAAUUCCAGACGGGCAGCUGCAGGCCUACAGAAGGGAAUUACAUGAUCUCUUCAACCUGCCACAUGACAGGCCUUAUUUCAAAAGGUCUAAUGCCUAUCACUUUCCAGAUGAACCAUACAAAGAUGGUUACAUUAGAAACCCACACAUUCAUCUCAAUCCACCUAAUGUAGAGACUGGUAUGGUUUAUGCGGUCCAGGGCGUCUACGGCUACCAUCACUACAUGCAGGACCGCGUGGACGACAACGGCUGGGGCUGCGCGUACCGGUCUCUGCAGACCAUCUGCUCUUGGUUUAAGCACCAGGGGUACACAGAGAAACCCAUUCCCACCCACAGAGAAAUUCAGCAGGCCCUGGUGGAUGCUGGGGACAAACCAGCCACCUUUGUGGGGUCGCGGCAGUGGAUCGGCUCCAUCGAGGUGCAGCUGGCGCUGAACCACCUGAUGGGCGUGACUUCAAAGAUCCUGUUUGUCAGCCAAGGCUCUGAAAUGGCCUCGCAGGGGCGGGCGCUGGCCCAGCACUUCCAGCGCGAAGGCACUCCGGUCAUGAUCGGGGGAGGCGUUUUGGCCCACACAAUACUGGGAGUUGCUUGGAAUGAGAAUACAGGGCAGACAAAAUUUCUGAUUUUAGAUCCACAUUAUACAGGCGGUGAAGAUCUGCAGGUUAUUUUGGAAAAGGGCUGGUGUGGAUGGAAGGGCCCAGACUUCUGGAACAAGGAUGCUUACUACAACUUAUGUCUUCCUCAGCGACCAAAUAUUAUUUAAAACAUCUUGGACUCAAAGACUGCAGCAGAGUUUAUCAUAAAUGUGUUAAUAAAAAAAUUAAUUUAAUUUCAAAUUAAA